AUGAUAGGUGUUGUAAUGUUUCUAGACUCCAGAGGGGAUGUGAUCCUUUCACGGAGUUUUCGUGAUGGUUACAGCGUACGAGGACUUGCUGAAGAAUUCCGUAAUCAACUUAUCUCUACCAAGAUGGUAGAUCGUAGUCCAAUUAAUAUCAUAGGUAAUUUUUGCUAUGUACAUGUGGGAUUUCGAGAUUUAUAUUUAGUAUUUGUAUCCGAUGGAAAUGUUAAUUGUUUUGUUUGUCUUCAGUACGCAAUACAGCUCCUGGAUAUUUGUUUUGCUUACUUUGAAAGUAUUAAUGAGGAAACUCUAAAAGAAAACUUCAUCGCAUUGCAAGAGCUUAUUGAUGAAAGCAUGGACUUUGGAUAUCCACAGACUACAGAUGCGGGAUUACUGAAAUUGUUUAUUGAUGAAAAAGGAGUUGAUGUAGGUUUAAUUAAAAAACCACAAGAAUCUAGUCAAGUGACAUCAAGAAUAACAGGAAAAAUGCCUUGGCGAAGAGAAGGUCUUUGGUACCGUGCGAACGAAUUAUUUGUUGAUGUUAUUGAAGAAUUAAAUGUUUUGGUAUCUCAAACCGGAGAAGUUUUAGAAAACAGUGUAGCUGGUCGAGUAACAGUAAAGAAUUUUCUUUCUGGUAUCCCUGAAUGUCAACUUGUUUUGGGUGAUGAAAUUUCUGUAGAAGAUGCUUUUUUCCAUCCAUGUGUGAAUCUUGGUACAGAUCAAAUGAUAACCUUUACUCCAUUAGAUGGUGUUUUUUUGCUUAUGCGGUAUCGUGCCAGUUUACGUUCCUCACCCCCAUUAAAAGUUCUGCAUGCACGUGUGAAGGAAGUAUCCAAGACACGUAUUGAAAUUGAAUUUGGUGUAAAGUGUGAAAUACCUGAAAAGAUGCGAUGUGAUGAUGUGGAGAUUCGUGUUCCAUGUCCGCAUAACACCGCAAGUGUGAAAGUGAAUGUGGGAAAAGGUAAUGUGAGGUUUGAUGGGGUUCAACAGGCCAUUAUUUGGAAAAUACCAACAGUCUCUCAGAAAGAUGCGGAGAUGUUGCUGGUGGCGGAGAUUGUGUUACUUCCUCCUACACUUCCCUCCUCUGAAAAGGUCUGGUCACGUCCACCUAUUAAGGUGAGUUUCACUACACCCUCACAUGCCCUUAGUGGGUUUCAAGUGAAGGAGCUACGAGUGGAGGAGCCACUGUAUAAAUAUACACCGACUAAGUGGAUUCGUUAUGCAACGACAACUGCUCAAUACGAGUGGAGGUUGUAG